AUCAGGAAGCUUAGUUCUUACUGCGAAUCAGAGCUCCAUUAGCACAUCCUUCUAUUGAAACCAGAAAGAUAAGAGAGGGAAGAGCGUGAGAGUUUAUCGUUGUGGGUGUUGAGAAUGGCUGGAAUCAUACAAAAGAUUGAGGGCGCCCUUCACAUGGGAGGAGACAAAGAAGAAAACAAGCACAUGCACUCAGAGUAUCAGCACAGCUACCCUGACGAUCAGCACAAGCAUACAGAGUACCAGCACAACUACCAGGUGGAUGAUCAGCACAGACACCCAGAGUAUCAGCACAACUACCCCGAAGAUCAGCAUAGGCACCCAGAGUACCAGCACAACUACCCCGGAGAUCAGCAUAGGCACCCAGAGGAUCAGUACAGGCACCCAGAGUACCAGCAAGAGUACCCUGAAGAUCAACACGAACACUCAGAGUAUCUUCACAAGUACCCAGAGAAUCAACACAGGCACUCAGAGGGUCAGUACAACUAUCCGGAGGAUCAGUACCAGAGGGAAGGGAAUGAGAACAAGGAAGGGCUCGGGUUCAUGGAGGGUGAGAUGAAGAAGAAGGAGAGGAAGAAGAAAAGGGACGGCGAGCAUGGCCAUGAGCAUGGAGGCGAUGGCGGCAGCAGCAGCAGCAGCGACAGCGACUAGAUUCCCAUACAUACCCAACAUUAAUCUCUUUAUGAUUGACAUAGAGAAGAUGGGAGAAGAUAUGAAGUAUUUUGUGUGUUUCAAUAAUCGUACUGCUCUUGGUUAUCAAGUAGUAGUACUACAAUGUGUUUAUAACGUUUAGGAAGGAGAGUGGAUUUGAGGUUUAGAACCUUCUCUCUCUCUCUCUCUCUCUCUCUCUCUCUCUAUGUAUAUGACGGUGAUGAAGGUACAAUACAUAUAGUUUUUUCUCUGUUUAA